AUGUGCGAGUUCUGGACAUUUUGCGAUGAUGGUCGCAGGGCCAAGGCGCGCGUGGACGUGAGGUAUGUGACGCCCGCAGAGGUUGAAAGCAUGAGGAUGCGGAAGUACAGGGCAGCAGUGCUGUUGAAAGAUUUUCUCAACAGCGCCACACGUUUGCGCUCCAUUCCUGAAGUUGCAGCUGUGGUAUUGGAGGGUGAAGCAUUGAUGCUGCAACACGGCCGUGUUGAGGUUACGAACCCUUCGUUGGGCGAGUUGGUCGCUGGAGUUGUUCUGCGUGCUUCAGGUGUUCGCAUCUGCGUACCGGGAACUAGCGACAAGGCGGCUGUGUUCGGGCCACAUGGUUCAGGUAGCUGCAAGGUCGACAUCGUGACCUGUGUGAACAUGGACGCGAAGAAGGGGGCUAUGUGCCAUCAGCAGGAGCUGGAUAAGGGCGCAAGGGAUGUGCUUAUGGAUGCAUCCAAAGACGCAGCAGAUGAUGUACACAUCGGCCUUGACUUGCUAGAGCAUUUCGGAGUGAGUGCGUCGCACAUCAGCACGUGGGCUUUCUUCGCACGCAUUAUGUUCUUCUUCACGUCCCCGGCUUUGGCUUACAUAUGGUUGGGCAUGGCAGGGCCGACUUUCCCUGUUCUGGUCUGCCUUUUGGCGUGGCACAGGGCCAGCCGAACAAAGAUCGUAUUCUUGGAAAACGUACCAAGUUUUCCGAUCUCCACAAUUGAAGCUUUGAUGGGGGACCUUUACACAUGCUACUUUUUCUACCUGUCGCCCUCAGACGUUGGGUGCGAGUACCUGAGUAGACAGCGAGUCUUCAUCAUGCUCUUGCUACGAGGUGCUGCCCAGGUGGCCUUUGACGUCGUUUCUGUGCUGGAGACGGUGCUCCAGAGGAGUGGGACAUUGUACAACAGCUUCUGGUACUUGCUUCAUGAGUCUGAGAAGGUUCGAUACCGCGGGUAUGCCCAGCAAUGGUUGCAGCGGCGCGGUGUGCUGCCUGAGGCAGCCAAGAUGCCAGUGUACGAUUUUCCCGACUUGCGGCAUGCCAACCGCUUCGCGGGGAAUGCUUAUCAUGUGGCCGUCUUUGGGACAUGGUUCACAGUGACAUCUGGUGCCUUCAGCUGGUGUUCCGCCGCAGCUGAUGUCGAUCAUGCCACAGCAGAUGCCACCACCUGCGGCGGUGGUGGCGGAGGUGAGGCAUGGUACGAGGCCCAGAAGGGGGAGCACGAUCGUCGCAUGGCGAGUGGCGAGGAGCAUUUGAACAAGAAUGUCUCCGAGAUCUUGCAGGUUGCCGAUUUGUUUCCAGAUGACAAUGCUACCAACGUGAAGCCGAGUACGCCUAGUGCCGCCGCAGCUGUCCUCCAUCCUUGCACGCAGGCUGGCACCACCGCCACUGGUUCACCUGUUCCUUCUCCUCGUCUGGCCACUUUGGAGGAGAGCUUGGCAAAGUCUGAGUCUGCCCUCGAGACAAUGCAGGCAGAGCUCCAAGACGUCAAGGGGCAGCUUGCCUUCAUGACGAAGCUGCGAGACUCGGCAAAGGAAGAACUCCUGCAGGAACAGCGCCUACGGGUUGAGACGGAGAAGAAGCUGGCGCAGGAGGUGGAUAAGAAGGAAUACGCGCUAUUUCAGGUGAGUGAAGCAACGGCCCAGAUCCAGAUGCUCCAGAAGGCCCUUGCCGAUGCAGAUGAGCGACAGGCGAGCGAGCAGCAGAUCGUGCCCGUGGAGUCUGCCGAGGACAAGGCCCCCGCAAGUCCGUUGGAUGAUCCAGACCCGCCAGCGGACGUGGCUAAGGACGAGUUUGCUGCAGAGAUUGCAACCCUGCCCGAGCCUCCAACCGAUCCGGCUCCAAGCCCGAACCAUCCUGCAGGUGUGCCUUUGGAUCCCAUGUCGGGCCUUGUGUCACCGGCCCCCGUACCUGCUGCACCUGAGACCACGUUGCCCACGCCCGAUUUGGCCGAAAAGCCCGAAGCCAAGCCCCAGAUUCUUGCUACAGCAGAGAAGCCCAUCGGCAAGAGUCCUGCAAAGGCUCCACCCCCCAAGAUGCCAAAGAGUCCAGCUAUUAAAGCCGCUUCCAAGAAAUCCAAAGCAGCAGAUGCAGAGCCUUCGUCUGCAAAGCGCACCAGGCAGGGUCUUCAGAAGUCUUCACGUUGUUGUGAUUAG